GCGCGCGGAGCGCGGGGGGGGGCGGAGCCUCUCCUCAGCGGUCCGGCGCCCGAGCGCGGGAGCGGUAGCGGUAGAAGUAACGGCCGCGGGCGGGCGGCGGGAGCCUUCCAAUGGAGAUAAAAACAGUGGUCAGAAGGUAUGAAACAAGAAAAAAGACAGCAGUAACAGAACUGUCAUCAUCCAAAUCCCGAGUUGAUUGGAGACGCACUAAGAGGGAGAUCAUACUACUUGACAGCAAUGAUGAAUCCUCGGGUACUUCUGAGGAGGAAGAGCCUAGCACAUCAGAAGAUGAAAUAGAUGAAAAAGAUGAAACUGCUGUGGAGGGCAGCCUUUCAGGUCAUGAAGAGAAAAGCCACGAUGGGGAAGUAACAGAAAGUAGUGAGGAUGAGGAGUGCAUUGUGCCUGGGAAGCGUAAAAGGUUGAACACAUCUGUCUUGUAUGACAGUGAUGAAAGUGAGGACAGUGAUAUACUUGUUAGAAAAGUUUUUGCUAAGCGCCGCUGUAUAAUAGAUGAAGAUGAGAAUUCUAGAGAACUACAACCUGAUGAAGCCUGCUCUGCAGAAAAUGUUUCUACUAAUAGGAAACAGCAAGUGUUUGCAAAAUUGAAACAACUUGCAAGACAAAGAGCAACUCGGAGAUCUGGCAGAAGUGAAAAUUGUGAGGAUUCUAAUAGUGAAGCAGAAAUAGAAGAGGAACCAUUCUUUCACUUGCCCCUCACACCCACAGAAGGUAGUGACACUGACUGCGACAGCUUGAAAGAUUUUAUAGUAGAGGAAGAAGAUGAUGAUGAUGGUGACACAGAGCACAUAACGAGUGGAAACCAGCCACGGCACAAGGAACUGUAUACAUCAAAUAGCACGUUGCUGGCAAACUAUGUCCCACACUUAUCUCGCUGUGAUCAUUAUGUACACUUCAAAAGAGUAGUAAAGGCUUUCCUCAUAAACGCAAUUGAUGACACUUUUCUGAGCUCAUUAUAUGGUGGAACAAGACAAAAGAAGUAUGCACAGGAUAUGUUGCUCUCACUUCAUUAUUUGGAUGACCGCUUCAUUCAGCCUCGUCUUGAGAGCCUAAUCUCUGGAAGUCGCUGGAAAGAUCGAUACAAGGAGCGUGUGGAUUGUUACCCGAAUGUUCACAUAAUCUUGAAAAAUCCAAAAUAUAUGUCUUGUCAGGCCUGCGAAUUGAAUCGGUACUGUAAGUUUAAUGUGCUGCUCUCUGGAAAGCUUUAUAAUAGCAGAACUUUGGAAAUGGAUGACUUCAUGUCAGAUGACAAACAGGUUUUGAAGGUUGGCAUGGUGUGUGCAAAUCGGACAAGAGUUUACCAUAAUUUGAAGCACUUCAAAUACAAGUUGUACCUGCAUUGCAGCUCCAUUACUGAGUUGGAUGGUUUGGAGGAUGAACCAGUCAAAGACACAGUAGAACGGCUUUUCAGCCAGUUGGAAGACAAUGGGUGGAUUCAGAAGAGAUACAGUGAUCUUGAAGACUACAUGAAUGAUGCAGACAGUUUCCAAGAAGAGAGAAUGGAUUAAGUGGUCACAAAGCUCUUUGAACAACAUCUAUAAAAAAACUGAAUUACCUAUUUUAUCUGUAUGCACUUUAUCUCUGCUUGGUCUUCAAGAUUCUUUCUAGGCUGUUAUGUUUAAAUCCAUCUGCCUUUAAACAACUGUUUGAGAAUUUGCUGUAUUUUUUUUCUCAUUUGUGUCAAUGAUAACCCAAAGUUUUAUCAAAUCAGUCCUUCCAGAAUUACUGCAUAGGUCACUGUCAGCUUCCUUCUUUUCUUAAAAAUAACAUCUUCAUAUCUAUUUACUUGUGAAAUAAAACUUCCACCUAUUUACAUUCAGCUGCACCGUAGGGAAGGUAGGAGAUCAUAGAAUCAUAGAAUAGUUAGGGUUGGAAAGGACCUUAAGAUCAUCUAGUUCCAACCCCCCUGCCAUGGGCAGGGACACCUCACACUAGACCAUGUCACCCAAGGCUCUGUCCAACCUGGCCUCGAACACCGCCAGGGAUGGAGCAUUCACCACUUCUUUGGGCAACCCAUUCCAGCACCUCACCACCCUCACAGUAAAGAACUUCUUCCUUAUAUCCAACCUGAACUUCCUCUGUUUCAGUUUGAACCCAUUCCCCCUUGUCCUACCACUACAGUCCCUGAUGAAGAGUCCCUCUCCAGCAUCCUUGUAGGCCCCCUUCAGAUAUUGGAGAUGCUGAGACCUUUUGAAGAAGGCAUGUUUGGAAAGGGAAGGCUGUGUUAUACAAGAACCUAUGACUUGCAUCUACCUUCCUUUUUGCUUGUUAUCUGCAAGUAAGUCCAACCGCUUAGAAUGGUAGUUACAAUAAACAGGGCCCAAAUGCAAAGAUCUGUUUCCCCUCUGAGGAGUCAGUAUAGACUGUUGCAAGGCAACAGAGGAAAUAUUCUGCAGUCCCGACUCCGUUUACAGCACAGCAGUCAUCCUCUCUUCAGAGAGUAGGUGAUGAGUCACAUUAUAGGCGUCACACAGACCGAGUCUGGCUUAGCCUCUGAACGAACAUUUGGGCCCACAUUGCUGCCUCUGAUAAGCAGCUGGGGCAAUUUACUGAGAUUUUAAACAUCAACUUAUGUUGUGCAAACAUAAUGGCAACAACUUGCAGUAACUAAAAAAUUAAGGAGAAUGAAUUAAUGUGGCCAUGCAAGAUAAAUAAGAAUUUUUCCAGGGUAGCUUAACAGAAAAUAGUAGUUACUCAGCAACAUGAUGCAUGGCUUACCUGAAUCUCAUGAAGUCCCAGACUUCUUUGGGACCAGGGGAGUAGAUUUUUGAGGAGUUGGGAAAGGUUAAGUACUGUAUUGUUGGACGUGACCUGGCAGUGUGCGCUUGCCGCCCGGAAAGCCAAUUGGAUCCUGGGCUGCAUCCAAAGGAGCGUGGCCAGCAGGUUGAGGGAGGUGAUUCUCCCCCUCUGCUCUCACGAGACCCCACCUGCAGUCCCGUGAUCAGCUCUGGGGCCCCCAGUAUAAGAAGGGUUCUUUUAACAAGUUACUGUCUCAGAAGCAAAGAAAAUGAAACCUUAUUUCUCAUGGAUUUGUCCAGAAGAAAUCCCCACAUUCACUCUGCCCCUCUACUGGUAGCAGAUGCUCUGAUUGGCCAGGCAAUGGUGAACAUCUGCUGCAUUUUUCCAUAGAAACCGUACCUUUGGUUUGUUGUUCAGUGCCCUUCCUCCAGCAUUCACUGUAAGAAAUGAGCUGCUCUUAUAUUUUAGCAGUUCAAAUGCAGCAAUGGUUUGUGUGCUAUUAGGGCGAGCCAAUACCAUCAGUUCUCCCUCGUACCCCAUACAGAUACAAGAUUUAUAAAACUGAGAUGAAAAAUCCCAGUAAACAGACUGAGGCUUACGCUCAAGUAAACUUAUGUUGAAGAUAUCAUUUCCAUACCUGAACUGUGAGUUAGAUACGUAAAUAUUCUGAGAUUUGAUAUAUCUUAUACCUAUCUCCCUGGUUACCAAAGCAAGUGCUCAGGAAUCCAUCUCAAAUAUAUCUCUUUUAGGAAAGGUAAUGUCCCUUGAUGCCCCACUUCCUUCUGUUAACAAAACCUCUGUACACUUUUGUUGGCUUCUGUAGAAUAAUAAAAUAAGAUUCAUGUUU